AGCUAUGUUUUCUACAACGAUUAGACUGACUUGUCCUUGUUAAAUGUAGCCUUAUCACUCAGUUGCAAUAUAUUGCGCAGCGCGGUUUCGUGCCGAUUAUUUGGUGAAAUCCCCGUCAAGUCGGAUAAUCACAUUCGUCGCCAAAGAUUCAAGCAGCAAAGAUGAUAUCAUCAUUUGGGAGGAAUCCAAAUAAUAUGGAGAUACGUGACAGCCUCUGUGACUUGGGACGUAUGGAGAUCCCACGACCCCAAUUUCAGGGUAUGCAGUUUGUAGCAACACGAGGAAAAUUUGGCUUUUAUAAGACAAUACGCGAAAAUGGCGGCAAAUAUGGAAUUCAGGUGAAACCUCAGGGACCGCGCAGACCUGCUUUGAGUAAUGAAGUAUACAUGAAACCAGGACGACGAAAGGAUGAAGAAGGUGCGGAUAACGCACCCCCUCUAGUACCUCCUAUGAGAUCAGCCGAAGGGCAAUUGAGAAGCGCACCACCCGCAAAUCGAAUAGCGAAUCCGUCACUUGAGAUAGAGCCAGACUACUCUCCGGAUUAUGUUCCUCCAAAUCUUCGAGCUUACAAAGAGGAAGAUGAAGAAUCUACAUCAUUUUGACGAAACUUGGAUUCAUCGAAUUGGACAAUAAGUCAUUGGUCACAAUCACUAUCUUACUUCUAUGCUCCUAUUAUCACAAAAUCAGUUGUAAAAAAUUGAAACGUCGGGGCUUUGUACAUACGCUAGAUUUCAUUCACUUGAAGAAAGUGCAUUAUUAUCAUUAACUGUGAGUCCAAUAAGAAUUC